AGGCAAGUGCCAGCAGAUUUAUUCCCUGCUGGAAUGCUGCUUGUCAGGAAAUGGUAAGCUCAUAAAAGUCUUGUUAGUGUUAUUUGUUUGAAGUUCAGAGAAUCAUCUCUUUGCAGAGACUUUAUUUUUACUCUCAAAUAAUUUUUGCAUCCCUUGUUUCCCAAUAAUUUAUUUCAUAGGUGCGUCACUCGUUUUAAUUCUUCAGUAUGAUCAUGACUCAAAUACUGGAACAUGUUUGUACAUUCAAUGCAGUUCAUUUAAAUUUCCCCAGCACAUAAUUUAUGGGUUUUAAUGUACUGCUGUCGUCACAGACGUUCGUUCACAAAGGCUCUGCUUUGUCAGCAGUGGCUUCUUUUAAAAGGUUAUCAGGACAUCUUCAUCAGAAGUGCUUGUGAUCAAAGAGAAAAUUUAGGGCAGCACAAUUGGGUGGCUCAAAUUACAUAGUACUAGAGGAACUGAAUUAAGGUGGUGGUAAAAAUGCACAUCUGCAUAAGCUGUUGUGGUUUAAAGCUGACAUGCGCAAAGCACAAUAACCAGUGUUUUAGUGCUUUGCAUCUAAAUUGCCUUAGUCACUUUACAAAUAGGGAUAAGCUUAGGACUUUGGACCUUAGAUACCUUUCGUGUAUAUCAGGACAUAUUAUUCAAAACAGCUUUGAAACUAAAGCAAUUGAAAGAACUGCCAUACUGAACAAUGCAUAUAACAACAAGUGCUGUUAUAGUAUGGCUGUUGUUCUAAGAGAAGGAAAUGAAUCAGUCCAUUUGAACCGAUUAAAGUGAUGAUGGGGAGGUAGUUCUUGGGACAUCCUCCGCCUACUGUGUUUUGUACCUCAUACCUCCUCUGGUAGCUGACAAUGCUGUGCUGGUUUGGCUAGUGACAAAACUGAGUGCUUUUGAAAGACCUGGUUUCACCACUUCACACUGCAGAAAAGGGAAGGACAUGAAUGCGUCUUCUCCAGAGUUCAGGGAAAACGUCUCCUGUUUAGGCUCCAAUAACACCGAUCACUUCAAACGCCUAGUGUACCCUGCAGCGUACAUAUUCAUUUUUGUCCUGGGACUUGCCGGUCACUCUUUAUCUAUCUGCGUCUUCUACAGCCAAUGGAGGACCCAGAAGAGUUUAACUCCAGUCAGCCUGUUAAUGGUGAACCUGUUGGUGUCAGACCUGAUGCUGGUGUGCUCUUUGCCCCUCAGGAUCACUUACUAUGUGCUGAACUCUCAAUGGCUGUUUGGUCAAAUCGCCUGUCGACUCAUCUCGUACGUGUUUUAUCUCAACAUGUACAGCUCGGUGUAUUUCCUAGUUGCCCUAAACAUCUUGCGCUACCUGGCACUGGCGCGGCCGUACCUGUACGUACGCAUACAGACCCACUACGUCACGGGUAUCUUGUGUGGCCUCAUUUGGGUCUUGAUGGGUUUGGCCUGCAGUCCGCUGUUGUUCACUAACAAAAAAAAUCAAAAUGAGGUUAGUUCUCGAUGCUUGGAGUUGGCAGUGGACAACGUGAACCAGUUGCUCCUUAUCAACAACGUUACGUUUCCGGUGGGCUUUGUCGUGCCCUUGGUGGUCAUCCUUUUCUGCUCUGUUUUUGUCGCAAAGAAUCUUUUGAGGCCUAGUCCUGCGCUCGGUAGGACCAGACCUUGCAGGAAGAAGGCAUGCGCUCUGGUCAUCAUCAGCCUUGGGAUCUUUCUGGUGUGCUUUUUACCUUAUCACAUAGUCCGGACGAUCUUCUUAUCAGCUGAGAAGCAAGUCAAGAUGAAUGGAUACGGAGACUCAUGUGACUUUAUUUUGUUAGUCCGUAGGGCUGCCGUCAUAGCGCAUUGUUUGUGCACUGCUAACAGUUGUCUGGACCCUAUUCUUUUCUUCUUCGUUGGGGAAAAUUCCAGAUCUUUCUUCUCUAAAUGGACAGGAGGAAGAAAAAAUAGCGCUUUUGCUGCAGGGAGAAACCCAGGGCAGGAAGAGUUACAGGUUUUGCAGAAGUAAAUGAAACAAGGCUAAACAGAUAACAAAGAAGAGACCAGAAGUGCCUCAUUCUGGGUUCUUCAUAAAUAGAUGUACAAAAAGGUCAUGUUUUGACUGACAGGCUUUUAUGGGCAUUUAUACUGACGGUGUUUAUAGGAAUAUUCUGGGUUCAUUGCAAGUUAAAUUUGAUUACCACAUAAAUUAAUUUGGACUUGUCCCACUUUUUCUUUUGGGAAAGAAAUACAAGUUAUAAUGAGGCAAUGGAAGUAAAUUAGGCUAAUUUAACAAUAAUAAAUGUUAAAAAAAAAUAGGUUUCUCACUGUUCCAGUAGUAUAGUCACAGGAUGUAAACAAUAUGCAUGUUAACAUGAUUUUUAGUGUGUGAAAAAUACUUAUUAACCUUGUCUGCGUAAAGAUAAAUUGAAUGAAUAAGACUUCAUUGCCAUGACACAGCAAUGCCAUAAAUCCUAAACUGACCAUAAAAGUUACAGGAACAACUUGACAGCUCGUAUAGUUUUUAACAGAAGAAUAAAAGUGCUUUAUAAAAUUAAAACCCUUCAAUUCUCCAAAAAUUGGCCCCAUACUUAUACUAUAAUGGGACAUUCAAGUCAUGUAAAAAGCAUUUGCUCUAUAAUUACGACUUGCCUACUCGCAAAUAUGAAUUCCCGAGGAGAACUUGAAUGUACCUUAACUGCCUCACCAUAACCUCUUUUCUUUUUCUUUUUUUUUUUGGUGAUAAUCAACAGUGUUGGGGUAACGCAUUACAAGUAACUUGAGUUACAUAGUCAAAUUACUUUUUCAAGUAACUAGUAAAGUAACGUUUUACUUUUUCAAUUUACAACAAAAUAUCUAAGUUACUUUUUCACAUUUAUGGACUGACAGCUCUCCUGUCCCCAUGUUUAGAGAAAGUGCAGAGGUGUUGCAUGCGCUUUGUAAACAUGAUAGUUAUUGUAGUUCUAGACUAAAUUCAAGUCACCUUUAUUUAUAUAGCGCUUUUUAUAAUGCAGAUUGUUUCAAAGCAGCUUUACAGUGAUAGAAGGAAACACAAUUUUGGCUGUAUAGCAGCUCUAGAAGAAAAUAGUGUCUUUGUCCAGCUUAAGUAAGUUCAGUAUUUAUUCAUUUCCAUUUGUAAAAAUCAUUAAUUAUUAAUUUAGUUCAUUUAUCUCAGAUCUGGAGAAAACGGUGAUGUCAUCGUCCAGCUCAGUUCAGUUCGAAUACAAUGGUGUCGAUGCAGGCAGAUAAGUAAUAAUGUUAAAUAUUAAGUGUAAAAUGUUUUUGUGAGAUAUGAAAUAACUGGGCUCCAUAUUGCCUAAUCUGUAGCUGCGGUUGGUGUGAGGCUUUUCUGCUUACAAAGUAAAUGUGAAUAUUUACUCAUCUCACUUGCACGAAAACAUUCAGUAUUUCUCAAAAUGAAUAAAAACAGUGAAAUGCAAUAAUAUAGAAAUAUAAUUAACUAUUUUAAAUUUCACAAAUACACUUUGGUUUUAAUCUCACUUUAUUAACCAAUGUAUUUGCUGCUGACCUUCAAUGAUCUAAUUCAAGCAUACUAAUAAGCAAAAAUUACUUUAGAUUAGAUUUAGAAAUAAGAGUGUUAAACCUCCUUCUCCUGUAUUCUAUCUUCGUUAAUCCAGAAUGGCAGUACAGCUGAAAGGUUUGUUUGAGCCGUGUCCUCUGUACAGGCAUAAACAUGCAUCUCCUUCAGCCUGAGGCUUAUUCAUUUCACUUUUGGUGUGAAAGGGCCUUAACAUUUGCCAAAAAUACAACUUUUUUUUUCUUUUUGUUAAAAAAAACAAACAAGCAAGCCCAGCCCAGGUGAGGAAAAAGUAACGCAAAAGUAAUGCAAUGCAUUACUUUUCACAAAGUAACGCAGUUAGUUACUUUUUAGGGAGUGUAACAAUAUUGUAAUGCAUUACUUUUAAAAGUAACUUUCCCCAACACUGAUAAUCAACAUGUCACCAAUGAUAUCGAUUAAGCUUAACUUGUAUUGAACCAGGUCUAUUCCUUCAUUUUAUUUGAAAAUGUAUUUAUUUAAAGUUGUUGUUUUCCUACUUAACUCCAUAUUUAAUCAAAUCAAAUUACCGUCUUCCAUUGGUUGCUGCUUUGCAUCGCUGCUCAUUUUCAUAAAGUUGAACUUUGCUCAACUUUUUAGCCUUGCCAGUAAUCGUUGUUGCUAAAAAAAAAAAAAAAAAAAAAUCGCCUGCUUUCUGAAAAUGAAUUACUCAACUUUUUUUAGUGCAAUUCACGGAUAGCGUGAACGCCGCCUCAGUAUUAUGGUGUUGAAUGUAUCACGCUAAUAUUUAGGUAGCAGCUGUUACACCCAUAUAGAGUGUGCAUAUUUUAUGUUUUCAAUAAUUAUUUUCAGUGUCUUAAAAUUGUGUUGGUCCUUUACUGUGGUUUCAUAUCUCUCUGUACAUCUUUGGCACGUUUCUUGCACAGACCCAUGUUAAAGUCUGUGUGAUCAGGAAGCCUAAGUAGGCUACAGCAAGCAAGUAUGUGGCUUCCUGCACACACCUGCUUCUUGCAGCUCUCCUUGUCGCCACACUAAAACUGCGCACAUUACUCUCUUUAGGUUUACAUACUGACACACUUUUUAAAGUUAUGUGGUAGAUGUCUGCUGUUUAUUUGUCAUCGGAUUCACACGAGGAAGCUGUGUGGUGGAUAUCAGUUUAUAUCUUUUUUACAUCAGCACAUCCUUCCACAGUUCGUUAUCAUGGCCACAGUGAGUUCAUUAGAAAUGCGUUUUAUAUAGAUUGCAGUAAAAAGUUCCAGAUGCAAUCCUUAUAGAGACAAUAUAGGCCUGUAUAAAAAGUGGCAUGGUAACCGUUUCCACAAUGAUUGUUUUGUUUAUAUAUCAGCAUAGAGCUUGGUCAGUAAAAAAAAUACUGCUUCCUCUUUCAUUUCAUCCAUAAAUGGAAGUAUGUCACUAAACUGAUGUUCUCAUAAACCCCUCCCAUUAUGUUACAUGCUGAGCAACCUGCAUAAGAAACGUCUUCACAGUUUGUGCAUCAAAGUCCUGUGAGCUACAGAUAAACAGCAUUUUGGGGAUAGCCUACUAUAGGCAUGUGCGGACAUUUUUGCAAUUAUACACGCAAGAUGUAUAUAUUGCCACCUGGUUUUUAGUCACAAGGGUCUUCUGAGAUUUUAAAAGGAUUAAUACUUUUAUCUUCUGAAACAUUUGUUCAGUCCGAUUAAACAUUUAUAUAAGAAACUAAUAUGUGAAUAUUAAACACUGCAACUGAAACAAAUAUGGCUGCGCCCAUGAGGGGGCGACCUGCUCAAUGUAAAAUAAAACAGCUUUUUCUAGAA